ACGGUAAGCUAGGAGUCAAGAAAACAAGAACGCGGGCGUACAGGAAAUAGAAGAGAUCAUUCGGCUUUGACCGCAGCCUUCCGCCUUAUCGCUUUGCAGAACUCCGUGCUCUGCCAUUUUCUAGCCGCGAACUGCAUGCGCGGUCGUUUGCGGGCGGUUUGGCUGCUAGACCAUUACUCGGCUCUCACGUCCGUCUCAAAGUGAUAACCCGUUGCAUUUCAACCUCCGUCUCUGGAUUGCAUUCCCGUAGUUCUCCCUUCUGAGCCCUAGUGUCCCCCUCUGAUCGGACAAGUCCCGGUAGCUUCUCGUAGACUUGAGCCGGGGAGUUGCGAAAAACGGCGCCUAAGUCGACGAAACUCGAACGAAACUCGCGAAGCAGCAGAAGCAGCAGCAGCAGCCUUUCCACCUCGGACGCGUAGCCACUGUCUCCCAGUCCGCUCACCGGACGGCUAUCCGCAUCCACCAAACUACCCUAGACUCGCGAGACGACGGUGACCUUGUGCUCACCACGGAGACACACGUCGCUUCCGACUCGUCCUGCCCGAUUCGUUCUGCCCGACUCGUUCUGCCCGAUCCGUGCGUGCCUGAAGAUACACGCGUACGCACUCGUCAGACCUCGCAAAAGCGAGAACCUUAUCCUAUCCCGCCCGCCUGCCAGCUCGAAACGUCUCCAUUGCACUCGCCCAUCGCGCUAGUAGCGGCUGGCCAGCCCUUAGCUCGCUCCGUCCGUAUAUUCCCUGUUCCCGCCACGAACAUUCCACUGAACGCGACGUGGAGCACGGCUCGAUCUCUCUAGCGCGUGCGCGCUUAGCAGGUCGUUGGGCAGCAAGUGGGUCGCAGAGCCAGCAAGUGGGCUUUUGAAGGGUUCGAACCCCGCGUGCUUGAGUGCUGGGUUUGGAGCUCUUUCGAAGGCCAUCUUCGACCCAACGGACAAGGAAUGAGAACAACGCGCGAACUACGAGAUCGCCGCGUGCGGUCAGGCCAGCCUUUCUAUCAUCCAAUGGCGUUCUCGUCGCAGUCGUCGCCGUCGUCGUCGUUGUCGCCGAAGCUGGUAACCACAGUCGCAGUGAUCGCAGCAAUGCUGGUCGCAUCGACCCUAUCGGUGCCAGGAGCACUGGGCGACGAGACGGCGACCGCUCUCAGCACCACCCAGAAAAGCCCUACCCCGGUUGCGACCGUUCCUAAAGGGGCGACGACUCCGAGUGCGACUCCUCAAAAAGCCGCGACUCCGGUUGCUGCCUUGGUGCCGUCGCCACGAGCACCGAAAUGCGACUAUACGGCUGGCAGGUGGAUCCUGGGUGCGGGUUACCCGCACUACUCGGGCAACCCCGCGGCGACGAAUUUCUGCCCGUUCAUCCGCGCGUCGUACAACUGCCAGCGCAACGGGCGGCCGGACUCGCUGUACCAGCAGCUGCAGUGGAAGCCCAGGGCGUGCGACAUGGAGUACUUUAACGCGGACGGAUUCGCUAAGAUGAUGAAGAACAAGCGCAUGCUGCUGGUGGGCGACUCCAUCAUGGGCAACCUGUACGAGUCGCUGCUGUGCUCCAUACACACGGGCGGGCACCAGGCGGAGCGCGGGCACAAGCCGCUGAGCAGCGUGAAGGCGAUGCACUUCCCGUCGUUCAACAUGAGCCUCGCCUACUUCUUCUCGCCCUACCUCACGGACGCAUUCAAGCAGCAGGCCAAUGGCAGCACGCGCGGCGGCUCGCACGGCUACGUGGUGAACGUCACGUCGGUGCAUCCGACGGUGGUGCGCCUGCUCCCGGCUUAUGACGUGGUGGUGUUUUCGUCGGGCACCUGGUGGCUGCAGAAUGUGCCCGGGAGGAAGCGGCCGAAUACUUUUAUGGUGAACGGGGUGGUGCAGCAGAGUAUAACGAAUAUCGAGGCGUUCAAAAUGGGGUUGAAGGCUCUGGCGUAUCACGUGAAGCUGACGAAUUACUCGGGGAUUCCGUUUUUCCUGACGUUUAAUCCCAAGCACGGGCCCGUCCUGCUCACGGCACGGAGGGACGGGGCGUGCGGCGCAGUGCAGCCCAUCGGGCCCAAGGGCGCGAACAAAUGGUACCAGUCGAUACAGACAGCGGAGGAGUACUUCAAGAUGCAGCGGCGCGUCCUGACGAGCAGCAGCAACAUGCGCGUUGUGAAGGUAACGAGGAUGUCUGAAAUGAGGCCCGAGGGGCACCUGGGCAUGUGGUGGUUGAAGAGAGAUAAGGCGAAUCUUACCCAGGUGUUAGCAACGCCGGAUCUGGGAGACUGCACCCACUGGUGCCUGCCUGGCGUGCCGGAUGCCUGGCUAGACGUCAUCUAUGCGUACAUGCGCCUAGAGCCUGUGCUCAAUCCAGGCAGGUGAUUGAAAAUUGAGAGAUGGAUGGGCGGGUAAUAGUGGUUGAGGGUGUACGGUAGUUAGUGGUGUGUCGCUGCUGGGCGUGUAGGUGUUGUUGGGUUGGGUGCUGCUAACUUGGCAGUAUUAGAGGGGUUCGGUUAGGGAGGACACAUGCAUAGGAUGGGGUUCUAGGGAGAAGGUGUAUGGGCUGUGGUGAAUGUGUAGUGUAGAUGAAAAAGACUUGCAUGUGGGCAUAAUGUUGGAUGAUGACAUGACAAGGCUCAAAACUUGCAGUAGGAAGUGAAGGCAACCUGCAAGUCUGGGAAGUAAGGAUCCAUCCAUACAAGACG